AAUUUCACAAAACAUUCUAUUUUGUUGGAGCAAAACUUAAUUUCACGACGUGCCAUAUGUUGGGCAUGCGAGUGAGCCAAUGACGAGCGCACCAAUCCCGCUGGAAUUGUUAUGACGUAUAAAGACUGAUCAAAUCUGAUUGCGCCUAGUUUCAUGAAAAGUGUUCAGAUGUAUAAAACGAGGGUAUGGGGGAGAUGAUCCAAACAGACACCAGUCAGUGAAAGAACCACGGAGAGCGCCAGCUUCAACUUCGGGAUAGACAAUAUACAGUGUACUGUGGUUUCAGUACCAAGGUCAGCGCAACAAGGGGUUCGUAGUGGAUCACACCAUAGCCUACAGCAAACGUUUAGAGCGAUGUUACAGAGAAACGGCUCCCAGCUCUUGCUUAUAAUAGCCCUGUGCAGUGUUUUGUAUUCCCGGACCGUGAGUUUACCAUAUGCGUCUAUGAGACCCACAAGGCACGCAGACGGUCUUUUCACGAGUGGAUACAGCAAACUUUUAGGACAGCUAUCCGCGAGACGAUAUCUGGAAUCAUUGAUUGGAAAGCGAGUAAGUGAUGACAUGAUGGGGGACCAAAGUCCAGUAAAGCGGCAUUCAGAUGCCAUUUUCACAGACAAUUACAGCCGUUUCCGGAAACAGAUGGCAGUGAAGAAGUACCUGAACUCUGUCCUGACAGGGAAAAGAAGCCAAGAAGACCCUCCCAGUGUACAGGAAGAGUCCACCAGAAGUGAGAGCUCCUUCCCAGAGAGCCUUGACGAUGUGAGAGUAAACAACUUUUUCAACCAACUCCAAAUGCCACUAUGAGGAAUACCCAUUGGAGAGGAUAAGUCAGACUGCCAACCUCAUUGAUGUGCCAUAUGCAGAAUAUCAGAAAGGACAUCAACAUUAACAAAACACAAUACGUUUCGAAUUAGAACUAACACAUUAUAUCUAUAAACUAAAAGUUUACAUUGUAUAUACAGAAUAUAUACUCUAUAGUGAGGUGCAGGCCUAAAGAUGGUAAAACAUGUCUGUUGGCCCUUGAACCCAGAAAUUUGCUUUGACAUGUCCUCUGUGAAUGGUUACUCAAUAAAUGUAUUGAAUCAAGCAUUGGGCUGACAGAGUACAAUCACAAAAUCCUGACACGAGGACCAUAGUAAUCAAUCUACAACAGAGUCCCAUUCCUGGAUCAUGUAGUGAUUCUCUCUCUCAGUCUUUGGAAAAUGUCCAUGCAUUUUGUAAAUCUGAAUAAUUUUGUAAAAAGUCUAUCAAUAUUGCCUCUACCUUCAUGCUAAAAUGAAGGGGACAUUGGGAAACGUGGGUGGGAAUUGGGCAUCAGAGAUUUUUAUUUUUAUUUUUUUCAUUCAAGGAAAAUAAAAAAAAUUUGAAGAGCCACUAAACUCUGACUGUAAUCCAUUUAAAGUGAUACCUUCAGCCAGACACCAAACCCAUGAACAUGUAAAUGGUCUCUUUCAAGCAACAUUAUGGACACAAUACCUCAUGCUGGUAAAAGUACUCUGCUUCAAAACUGAGUUGACAACAAUACUGAAUUGUGGCAUGAGUGCCAUACCGAAAUUCAUGUUUUUGUUUGUAUGUUUCCUUGUUAAAGUGUGUGUCUUUGAAAUACAGAGUAUUCAAUAGAACAUUGCCAUGUAAAACAUUAAUCCCAAUAUGCAUAAUAAAUGUUUUACCCUAA